AACUCAGUUUCAGACUUUUAAUGACAAAAAUGAUGAUAAUAAUAGUUUCAAAUCAAAUGAAUAUAAAAAAAAUGGCCAUGGUAAAAAAAAAACAGGAAUCUUAAACAGUACUAAUAUUCAUCAUUUUAUUAAUCAUGAUCAUAAUCAUAAAAAAGUUCAAAAUCAAAAUCAAAAUAAAGGAGAUAGCAGUGAUAGCGACAAAACAAAUAUCAAUGAUGAGAGCAACGAUAAUUGCACCAUUUCAUCAACAAAUUCCAGCUUGAAUUCUUAUCAAAUCUCCACUCAAUCUAAUUCUGAAUCAAUAUUCAAUAAAUUUUUUUCGUCCAAGUAUUCAAAUCAACAUAAAUUUGAAAAGGAGUUGGAAUAUCUCAAUAGAAAUAUUACUUUUAAUAACAAAGUCUUUUGGGAUUUAAAACAAAUUGAAGUUAAAACAUCUGAUCCUUUAUUAAUCACUGUUUUUGUUAAACUAAACUCCCUUGAAAACACUUUAUUAAACCACUAUAAUAAUUUGAAAAAUGUUUUGGAGAUUGAUGAUGAAUUAAAGGAUUUAUCAACAGAUUCCUUUACUAAUGAUUUCAAUUAUUUGAAUCUUGAUAAGUAACCUAUUAUAUAAUACUCGAUUAUAUUUGAUCAGUCUUGCUUUUUUUGUAUUUGAAAAUGACAAAUCCGUAAAGAUAUACCACUUUAUUAUUACCGAUUUGUUCAAGGACCAACGAACUCAAUACGCGAGCCAUUUAUAUAAAGAGAUAAUAAUAAAUAUUACCAACUAAUCCCUUAGUCUGCAACCAA